UCCAGGUCGUAAGUUGCCGAAGCGUCCUAUUGACCGAUUUAAGCUUGCAUCUGGAGAAUUCAGUAGUUUUCAACAAAUUGCUUGAAUUUAAGCAAGCUACGGUUUUCCAUGAAUGCUUCGAGUGAAACGCUUUUGGAAUGCCCUUCCUGUGGAAAGAACUUUGCAUCACGCGCAAGUCUAAAACAACAUUUAUUUACACACACUGGGAUAAGGCCUUUCGCAUGUUCUUUGUGUGACAAGACUUUUCAAUUUUCUUGGACCCUCAAAAAACAUGAGGCAAUACAUGGAAACGAAAGACCUUUUAAGUGUAUGCAGUGUGACAAGAGAUUUUACACUGCUUUUAAAUUAAAAACACACCUUCGAGUACAUAGUGACGAGAGGCCAUAUGUUUGUACUCAGUGUGAUAAGAGCUUUCGUUGGUGGAAUUCAUGGAAAGUACAUGAAAAAUGGCACCGUGGGUUGGCGCCUUACAAAUGUUCUUCAUGUGAUUACAAGACUCUGUAUAAAUCACAUCUUACAGAACACGAGAGACAUCAUACUGGCGAGAAACCUUACAAAUGUUCCCACUGUGAUAAAGAGUUCCGCACCAAAGCAGCGUAUUUGUUUCAUUUAAGAGUACACACUGGUGAAAAACCCUACAGUUGUCCACACUGUGAACAACGGUUUACUCAAUGGUCCACGUUGAGAGGACACAUUAGUACACAUACUGGUGAGAAGUUAUACCAAUGCUCAAUUUGUGGUAAGGAAUUUAAGAGCAGAAAAUCUGGCUACAGACACUAUGCUGCAGCGCACAAAAAUGAGAUUUCAAGCUGUGGGAAACGCUACAGCUGUACUCAAUGUAAAAAGGUUUUGGUUGACUUGGCUGGUGUGGAAACUACGAUUCAACAAACUGAACCUGUUCAUCAAUCUGAUGCCAAUGAAAACUCUGGUCUAGUAUCAGCUACCAAUCAUGAAAAUGUGUCAAGCACUGGUGUGAGGUAUUUCAAAUGUGAUGUUUGUAGCACAUGGAACAGCUUAAAUCAGGUUAGUCCAAAGUCUUCUUAUGGCUCAUUACCGCCAAAAAUCAAAGUAAAGAAAGGACAGUAUUCUGAAAAGUCCUUUGAGACUGAAGAUGUUUCUGGACAAUCAUCAGCUGACCAACCAUCGUCUCCCUCUAACCAGAAGGAUAACAGUAAAAAGGUUUCUACGAAUCCAAAAGUUGUCAGGACUCAGAUUUCUCCAAAAGAUGACAAACAGAAAAUCAAGUGCCUCAUUUGUGACAAGCAGUUUAAAAAGGAGACUCUUCUCAUAAGCCACAUGAAAAUGCACACAUGUGGUAAGUGUGGUGAGAUAUUUCACAAUGACGAUAAUUUAAGGAUGCACAGGAAAAUGCACAAGGAGGAAAAACGCUUUAAGUGCAAUUUUUGUGAUAAGACAUUUAAGGACAAAGGACACUGCAAUAGACACAUGUGGGUCCACGCCAACAGCAAACCUCACAAGUGCUCUGAGUGCAGGAAGUCUUUUGCUGAUAUAAGUCAACUGCAAAGACAUAAAAACUGUCACCUUUAGAAAACCCUCCAUUGCGGCGAUUGCGCCUCUGUACAAACCACUCUCAACAAAUUUGGCUUUGUUGUGUGCGUCAUCUAGUCCUUGGAUGUUUUCACAAACCUGGCAGUUAGUCACAUGAAAAACUAUCAAUGAGAGCCUUAGCAAGUUUUAGUUUAACUUCAGGAAGCUCAGCCUCGCUUCGCAAACUUACGCCAACCUCGUUUUCAAAGUUGUUAAUAUUUGCAAGGAUGAAUUUGCACGUGCGGAAACUUUUUCCACUCAUUUGCAUUUUACGGUUCCUCGUGGUCUGAACUGUAUCACUUGUGAGGUAAAAAGUCCAAGGAAACUCGUCAGCUUAUCAAGUCUAGCAUUUAAAAGUGGCUGUGGGGCCGUUUGUGCUUUCUACCGUCUGCCGGACUGACAUGAAAAACAGAGCAUACGGUAAGGGUGUACACGUUCGAUUUUAAAGUUCUCAUACGGUUCACUCAAUGAAGUUAGGAGAUUUCUAAGUCAAUGGAGGAAACGUUUCGAAGAAGCUCUCCACAAGCACUGAUGACACACUCGUAUCUCCCCGCUUAACCCGGCGGAACCGUAGAAAAUAGGCAGAGAACAGUUUUAGGGCACAUUUAACCAUUGACUGUAACAUGCCACAGUCCGCCUGCAGCUUGCUAAACAUGGACAUGAGUUGAAACUUGCAUAACAGAUGAAGACUGAAGUCUUGCUGAGAUUUUAAAUGAAAUUUUGUAUUAAAUUAGAGAACAUGAGAAAUGUUUAAGCGAGAGGAGGGUUAUGAUUUGCUCUUUAUUAUGUCGAGUUCUAACGUUGUCUUUUUAUUUUAACCUUACAGAUACCCUUCGUCGAUGGAAGUAUCCAUAAAAAGCAUAAGAAACGGAUGAAAAGGAAACGAAAAUAAACUGUGACGCCGAGGUGAGUGCGUUCGAAAUAGGCUCGCGUAGUGUACACGUGGCUGACUAACCCACGUUAGUUUAAGUUGAUAAGUUUUAAUAACAGAAACGUCACAAGGCAGCUUUUGUCGGUCAGUUGAAAGUAUCUCGUAUAAGAAACCAUCAAGCCAGCGUCUUCAACAACUCUGAGUGUUUUAAGAGUCAGGAGGAUGAAAAAUUAACAAUUUCAGCAAAUGGCCGGUGUAAAGAUUCCAGCACAGCCCCGUUGUCUACUGUUUUCGCCCAUUCACCAUGUUCUAAACGAGUCAGGGAUUGGGUUCGAGUUGGGACCGCAAAGCAUCUAUGGAUUGAUUGAAGGGACAGACGAGUCAUAUUUACAAAGUAAUUCUGAAAUGCCUCACUAUAAUUGUUGCGUUCCUGGCUGUACAAACAGCUUUAGGA